UAAGGUAGAUAUAUUAAAUUAUCCAAAAAAAGAAGAAGCACAGGAAAUAACUUUAAUUUUGAAUUCUUUUUUUUUUUUAAUUUAACUUUGAAUUCUUUAAUUGGAAGAUGAAGAUGAUUUUAACCUCUUUAAAUUGUGGUUAUGUUGAUUUGAUUUAUGUAUAAAGAAUUAAAUUUAUUUUAAACAUGUUGAAGAAUUGGAAUGAUUUAGAUGUAGAUCUUCACCCAGAGGUAAAAUGUGGAAUUGAGUCACUCAAAUUUCCUACUAUGACACCAGUUCAAGCCUACACAAUACCUCAGCUGUUAAAGAAAAAAGAUGUUGCAGCUGAAGCUGUUACUGGUUCUGGAAAAACUCUGGCUUUUCUAAUACCUAUAUUACAAAUAUUGAAGCAAAGAGAAGCUGAAGAAAAAUGGGGGAAACAUCAAGUAGGGGCAGUUGUCUUAUCGCCAACAAGAGAAUUAGCCUUGCAAACAAGAGAUGUACUUGAAAAACUAUUAGUAGAUGUUAAAAAUAUAUCGGAUAUUUUAUUGGUUGGAGGAAAUAGUGUUGAAGAGGAUGUAAAUAAUUUCAAAUCACAUGGAGGAAAUAUUAUAAUUUGUACUCCUGGCAGACUAGAAGAUUUGUUAACUAGGAAAUAUGAUUUAAACCUUCCAAAAUCAUUAAAGAGUUUGGAAAUCCUUAUUUUAGAUGAGGCUGAUAGACUUUUAGAUUUAGGAUUUCAAAAGUCUAUUGACACAAUUUUAAGUUAUUUGCCUAGGCAACGAAGGACAGGCUUAUUCUCAGCUACACAGACAAAAGAAGUAGAAAAUUUGAUAAGGGCUGGAUUGAGGAAUCCCGUACUGGUCAGUGUUUCUGCUAAAGCUACUCAAAGCACUCCAGAUUUGUUGAAUAACUAUUAUAUGGUUACAAAAAAUAAUGGAAAGCUUGCAAAUCUAAUACAUUUCAUCGAGAGCAAAAAUUUACAAAAAGCACUGUUAUUUUUACCAACAUGUGCUUGUGUUGACUAUUGGUCACAUAUUUUUCCUUACAUUGUACCCAAAAAGUUAAAUCUACCGAUUCUUGCCAUACAUGGAAAAAUGAAGGAUAAAAGGAAAAAGAUCUUGGAAAAAUUUAGAACAGCAGACAAAGCUUUAUUGUUAUGUACAGACGUUAUGGCUCGAGGGAUUGAUAUACCAGAGGUGGAUUGGGUACUUCAAUGGGACCCCCCUUCAAAUGCCAGUGCUUUUGUACACAGGGUUGGAAGGACUGCUCGCCAAGGGAAUCAAGGUUCAGCUCUGCUGCUUUUAUUGGAAAAUGAGGAAGCCUAUGUAUCAUUUAUUGAAACAAAUCAAAGAGUUAAACUGCAUCCUGUUGAUAACUUAGCUCCUGAUGAAAACAUUGAAGCUCUAAGGGAACAAAUUCGAGAUGUAUUAAAAAAGGACCGAGCUAUUAUGGAAAAAGGAACCCAGGCGUUUGUUUCCCAUAUUCGAGCUUAUUCAAAAUAUGAAUGCUCUUUAUUAUUAAAAGUUAAAGAAUUGCCUUUGGGUGCUGUAGCAGCAACUUAUGGUCUACUUCAACUACCCAAGAUGCCAGAAUUAAAAAAUAGGGACCUAUCAGAUUUUCCACAAGUACCUGACUUCGACAUCAAUAGUGUCCCAUACAAAGAUAAAAUUAGAGAAAACGUACGGUUUCAGAAAUUAGAGCAAUAUAAACUAACAGGGGUAUGGCCUGGGCAUAAACAAAAAUUUGUUAGAAAACCGACAGAAGCAUGGUCGUUGACAAAGCAGAAAAAGGAGGAGAGAAAAAACAAACGACAAAAAAGAAAAGAAAGAAAGGAAAAAUUGGCACAGAGCGAACAGCCCAAAAAGAAAAAGAGGAAAGGUAUUAGUGACGAAGACUUAGAAGAAUUGAAGAAAGAUGUAGCUUUAUUGAAAAAGUUAAAGAAAAAGAAGAUAUCAAACGAAGAUUAUGAAAAAGAUAUUGGUUUAUGUUAAAAAUAAAUAUAAAUUUUUUAUAUCGUUAAUAAUAU